AUGCCACUUUCAACAGCAUGGAAGAAGCCGCUCCCCCCCCCUAUCAACGAGCUGGCUAUGGCCAUCAAACUUGACUUCCUCUCUGCCCUAUCUUCAAAUGAUAUCCCGGCAGUCCCCUGGGUUGACUUCCAGGCGGACCUUGUGAAGCCAAGCAAGGUAUUGUCUUGGGAAGAACUCAAGAGGGAAUCCCCCUGA